AUGGUUCACACUCAGACAGAAACCGGCCUCACAAUUGAAUCGCCUCAAGGCCGAAAGUUCUUCAUUUUCGACCGAGUAUUCGGAGAGAACACGAGACAAGAAGGUGUCUGGGAAUACGUCAAAGACAGUGUUGACUCGUUCAUACAAGGGUAUAACGUCUCGAUAUUAGCUUACGGGCAAUCCGGUUCUGGAAAAUCAUAUACCAUGGGUACCUCUGCUGGGGGAGAGCAGUAUCAUCCUCAACAAAUGGGCAUAAUUACCCGCGCUGCUGGUACUCUUUUCCGCAAGCUUCAGGGAGCUCCUGGCCUUAUGCGUGGGUCUUCUGGGCUCAGGACGCCGACACGAUACUCUAUGCAUGGGACACAGGGACUAGUAGAUGCAGCCAAGCAGCAAGCAGAUCGCAAUUGGCAGAUGAAAGUGACCUAUGUCGAAAUCUACAACGAACACCUACGAGACCUCCUUCUACCAGAUGAUGUUCCGCUUGCUGAACGACCGGCCGUCACCAUCCGUGAAGACAACAAAGGCAGGAUCCUGCUCCAAGGACUCCGCACAAUUACUAUCGACUCCGUUGAUGACCUCCUCAAAGCAUUGAAUUUUGGAUCUGCGAUCAGACAAACCGACUCUACUGCAAUUAAUGCCAAGUCUUCUCGCUCGCACGCUGUCUUCAGUAUCAAUCUGAUCCAGAAAAAAAACCGCGCACAGCCAGUACAAGUGAACAAGAGAUUUUCAACGCCUGUUGAAUCACUCACUGGUACGGACGACUGGGUCACAACUGACAGCAAGCUUCAUUUCGUCGAUCUUGCUGGUAGCGAACGGCUCAAGAACACCGGCGCCUCAGGAGAGCGAGCGAAGGAAGGCAUCUCGAUCAAUGCUGGUCUUGCCAGCCUAGGAAAAGUGAUCUCACAACUCUCUUCCCGGCAUGCUGGCGCACACAUUUCCUACCGUGACUCGAAGCUUACCCGGCUAUUGCAAGAUUCCUUGGGUGGCAAUGCGAUCACGUAUAUGGUUGCUUGUGUAACGCCAGCAGAAUUUCAUCUCAGUGAAACACUGAAUACCGUACAGUAUGCGCAGCGAGCCCGAGCGAUUCAAAGUAAGCCUCAGCUCCAAGAAGUCUCAGAUGAUGGCGAUAAGCAAGCUGUGAUCGAGCGCCUCAAAGCAGAAGUUUCCUUUCUCCGCCAGCAAAUCAGGAGCUCGGAGAAUGGAUCACAUCCUGCGCAAGAUCGCUCAGAGCGACAGAAUGAGCGCGAGGUAGAGCUUCAUAAUCACUUAUUAGAUGCCCAGGAGAAUUACAAUGCCCUGAGUCAGAGACAUGCGAAGCUCAUAUCCGAAAUCACGAAAGCAAGAGAUAACAGUGAAUCUGCAGAAACGCCUACGCUCACGGAAGCGAUUGGCGACUCUGCUGUGGAAAGACUCAAGCGCUCAAACUCUUUCGCUGAAGCUGUCGAACAAGUUGUAUUGGAAUAUGAAAAGACUAUCCAGAGUCUCGAAACUCAGCUUUCAAGUACAAGGUCGGCCCUCUCUGGGCAGGAAAGUACCCUUUUGGAGAAAGAGAACAGAUGUGCUUACGUUGAAACGCUAAAUCAACAACUUCAAAGCCGUAUUCAGAAGUUAAUAGAUCGUGAGGCAACGAACGAGCAAUACCUACACAACCUUGAAUCUAAGCUUGACGGCCAUUCGUCGGGUGAUGCCAAGAGUACCUCGGUGGUUUCCGAGCUACGCAAAGAAAUAGCUCGGAUUCGAGAGAAUGAAGCUCAAUGUGAAGACUAUAUAUCCACGCUUGAGGAGCGCCUCGCUGAAGCCGACCAAGAUCUUGAGCUGAAGCAACGUGAGCUCGAUAGACUUGAGCAUGUGAUCGAACGACAACGUAGUAUUGGAAAGCUGGACAAUCUCCUCUACGAAUUUGAUCACUUGCCGCAAAAUUCCCAGACGACUCACUUCGCUUCGGAUAAGCCUCUGACAAACGGAAUAUCGAAAUCUGUGAAACUUGACCAUAAACGGAAACUGUCAACUUUAGAGGAAGCUGCAAACACCGCAAUACCAGAGUCGGACGAGGAGGCUGAGAAAUACCUUCCAAAUGGUGUUGGUCAUCACCAUGACGAUGAAGAAUUUUCAAGAGACGUGGACACGCCCCGUGCCAAAGCCAGGCCAUUGCCGCGAGAAGCAGAACAUCGAGAAAGUCCAGCGCAGGCCCGCAUAGUAGCGGAAAAACUCGAAAGUGUUACUCAAGAGCUGUUUGACCUUCGCGUAGAACAUGAGUCAACCACAAACGAGUACGAUAUGUUGUCCGCCAAGUAUGAGGAGGCUUUGCGAGCAUUAGCGGAGAUGCAAGACAUCGAGGAGAUCCGGAGACAUCAUGGUGAUCGCAAUUCGACAGUUUCACCACCAUCCACUCGGCCUACCUCUUUUUUAGAGGAUGCGAGGGUGACAGAAUCAAAAGACAGAGGACAAGUGCCAUCCUCGCGGUCCUUAUCAUCGGAAUUGUCCUUAGCUGGGGAUUCCAGUACUUCGCUGGAGCCAUCCGUGGAUGAGGGACCUUACAAAGCUAGACAUCGUGGUUCGCAGCGCGAGGAAGCUUUAUUCUCGGAGCUUGGGCAAAUCAAAAGAAUACAAGCUGAAAAGGAUGAUGCUUAUGCAGCUCUUAAGAAUAACUACAAUGAGCUGCAGGAGCUCCACGUCGAGACGUUAGACAUUGUUGAAGAGCUCAAGACCGAGAUCACGAAGACCAAGCACAAUAGCCCACCGACGCCCACCUCGCCGGUCAUCCGAAGAAAAUCCAGUCAAAAUGUCAUGACGAUCGAUCGGGCACAUCGCUCGUUGGCGUCGCUGAGGAAUAUUGCCUCAGACAAUUUUGAAAAAGAUCCGGAUACAAUGCAGAAUUUCGAGCUUCAGCUCAAUACAGUCAUGCACGAAUUGCAUCAGAGGUCAGAACGGGUCCAAGUCCUGGAAGGGGAGAUCACAAUGUCGAAGAAAGAAAUGGAAAACAAGAACUCGAUGAUCUCAGGCCUUACGCGUGAACGAUCAAGUAUCAAAACAUCGUCACCCGGACUCGAUAUGAACGCGAUGACAAUGAUGAACGACCAGAUUGUGCAGCGAGAGCAGCAAAUGAGAGAACUCACAGAAAAGCACACCUUGAAGGAACAAGAGCUUUCGGGCGAACUAGAGACGCUCAAGCAAGCUCUUGAGCGUGCAGAAGCCACAAGGUCUAGCAUACCGGGCUUCUUUCCAGAAACACCGGCUACAUCAAACGAGGCAAACAAGCAACUCGGAGAUGGAUUGGCAUCGUCUGAGGAGUCCGCGCGGUUGCAGCAGGAGGUUGUAGAAUGGCGGAAUAAAUAUCAAGCAGCGAUAGACUCGAUGCAGGCAUCCGAAAGCCGACUUCACUCAACCAUGUCCGAGCUCCAUGAGUCUCUCCUGACAACCGAGAGGUCGAAGACCGAAGCCGAAGAGAGAGCUCGCGACUUGGAGAGCAGGUCAACGCCAACUGAAGGUGUGAGCGAGGAGCGGAAACGUGACAAAGCAACGAUUGAGAGAUUGCGAGACGAACUAGAUCAACAAAAAACUACGAGCGCGAUGCACCAGAGCAAGAUCUCGCGACUAGCACAGCUUCAAGAGAGUGCCCGAGCACAAGCAGAGGAAGCCACACGCUUCAGAGAAUCGAGUGAGAUGGACAUCGAAAGUCAUCGAACACAGAUCUCGGACCUUGAGCGGCAACUAGAAGAGCAGCAAGCUGCCGUAGAAUUUCAUAAGCACGGUCUCAAGUCACUGCACGAUUCACAUGCUCACGAGAUUGGGGACUUGAAUGCAACAAUUCAAGAUCAUAAUGGCGCUAGAAUUGAUAUGGAGAGAAACCUAAAAGAAAUGGACGAUGCGCAUCACAGCCAUGUGGAGCGCCUUGAAACCGAUGUCGCCAACCUUAAGACCCAGAUUGAUCAGUCACGCGGUGGACUGGCUGACGAACUAGAGCAGGCUAGAGCUACUUGCAACCAUCUUGAGCGGCAGCGUGACGAGCUUCAACGACAAGCCCAAUCCUUGAAAUCUGAAGUAAACGAGGUUAACAGGCAAAACAAGAUCAGAGCCGAGGAAAUGGAGAAGCUGCGGGCUGAAAAGGAGAGGGCAGCAAAUCUUGUAGACGAUUUAGAGGAGCAAUUAUCAAACUCCUACGAUCAACAGCAGGCAAGCUCUAGCCGGCUAUCGCAGCUCAACAAUACACAUGACAGCCAGCAGAAGGCAAUGAAUGAGGCUAAUGCCAUCGUUGCGGCCAUGCAAAAGCAACUAGAGUCCUCACAGAGUCAGGUGGAACAACUCCAGGUGAGCCAACUCAACCUAAUUGUUACCACAAAGGCUAAUAAAGCGCAGUCACAGCUGCGUGAUAACCACCAUCGUGACUCUUCUACUGUACGCAAGUCUGGGAGCGUCACAUCGCUUCCGUCACCUCCCCCUGCUAUUCCCCUUCCACCUUUGCCUGCCGGUGCAGUUGCUUCUCCCACGUCAGGAAGCUUCCCGUCUUCGGUUCAACAAGCGUCCAUUCCCCAUGCAGAUAUAUCUUCUCUUCAACAAACCUUGUCUGAGAAAGAUUCCCACGUCAAGCAAAUGGAGAAGCACCUCUUUGCAGAGAAACAAUUGACGGCUACGUUAGAAGAAGCGCUUGUCGAUCUUGAAAACCAGAACAAGAGAACCAAAUCUGACAUGGAUUCUUACAAGAAGAAAUGCUACGCCCUUGAAGACGACCUCAAUGCACAACGACGUGAGGGGAAAAGGGUUCGUGACUCGGUGCAAGCAGUCGAAGAAGAAAAAGGAAAGAGGCUGGAGGCCGAAAGGGCGAGGGAGAAGCUAGAAGAGAGAAUGAGGGCGCUUGAUCAGGGGAGCAAGAAAAAGAAGAAGGGAGGUUUCAAUUGUUUCUGA